AUGCGUGUCACACGGCCCAUCAUCCCGUUAACCUCUCUGGCCAUCCCGACGCGUCGUAUUCCAUCCGUCUCGUCGGUUGCCAUCUUUCCCGGCACUUCCCGUCACCCGUCCUCUGGCGCGACAUCUCGUGGGGUGCUAUUCCACAUCCGUCCCGCUGCCACGCACGCGCACUCCCCAGGUGGGUGUGCCGUUGCAGAACUCGUCUCGCGCCCGUCGCGCCCCGUCCUGCUGAAGCCUCUCCUGUCGCCGUGCAUCACCGUCGCUCCUCUCAAGUCCAUGGUUCGUCGGGAAGACGUACGUGCUGCCGACAUAGAGGUGGUCGACGACGAACUCGACACCGAGGACCUCGAAGCUGCCGGCUGUGCCGUCUGCGCGAGUGGGGCGCACCGCCCUCGUCCUCCUGUGCGUUUUACCGUCACGCUUCCAGCACCUGGUACGCCCGUUCCCUCGGUGGCGGCUCUCGUCGCCGACGCACAUGCCCUCGCCCAGGAGAAUCAGGCGCUCCGGGCUCAGUGUGAGCUUGUGUCGGUGAACAAUGCCGGCUUGGCUGCUCACGCCUCCGUGUUGCACGAUCGGAACCUCGCUCUCCUUCACCGCGCCCGCGAAGGUUACCAGGCGGGUAUGGCUAACGUCGACCUCGAAGACCGCGUACGCGGCCUCCGCGACCAGGCCGGACGCGUGGAUGCGGCCGAGACCCAGCUCGGGGUGUUCAAGGCUUCGUCGGUUGAGGAUUACCACGCCCUCCAGGACCAGCUCGCCGCCUCUCAAGCGCAGGUAGCUGACCUGUCCGCGCGGCUCGCCGCGGCCCCUCCGUCGACGUCUACGGUUUCUAUGGCGCGGUUGUUCGCUGCGCUCGGUGAGCGGGACGACGCGCGUGCUGAGCGCGACGACCUGCGCACUCGGCUGGCUGCUGCGGAAGCUGCCCUCGUCCCUGUCCAGGCUCAGCUCGACGCUGCCGUAACGCAGCGAGAUCGGGCGCGACAGUCUGUCGCCCGUCGAGAGCGAAAACGUGACGGCGCCCUCGCCGAACGUGACCAAGCACGUCGGGAUCUCGUUGCGCUCGAGCAGGAGCGUGACGCAGUCGUCGGGGAGCGCGAUCAGGCUCGGCAGGUGUCCCUAACUCUGGAGCAAGGUCGUGACGCUGCAGUCCGUGAGCGCGACCAAGCACGUCAAGCUCAGGCGGGAGUUGAACAGCAGCGCGACGCUCUGGUUGAGGAUCUGCGCGUCGCUCGCAACUCGCUUGCUCAACGUCGAGCUGAGACUGAGUCUGCCCAGCGGCUGAACGACCCGCUGCAAGCCGACGUCCGGCGCGUGAAUGCGUUGCUGGUUGCCCACGCCGAGGAGCUCCAGCGUGAGACGGCUCGCAUACGCGAGCUGGAGGAGACAGUCGCAGCUGCCUCGACUGCACGCGUGGUCGCCGAGGCAGAGACGGCCCGGGCCCAGGCUAAUGAGCUGCAGGCUGCCUCGCGAUCCGGGCAGUAUCGCACCGGCUGGUUGGCCAUGCGGCGCCGGUCGCUGCAGCGAAGAGAUGCGGCCGGCGCGCACAUCCGCCGUCUGAGCGUCCGCGUUGCCGACCUGGCUGACGAACGCGAUCUAGCGGUCCGGGAGCGUGACGAGCGUGCGGUGGCCUGGAGGCGCAUGCUUCGAGACGCGCGCCGGAGCCGAGAGUUGGCUCAGCGCGUGCGCGACGACCUGGCCGGCAAGCUGGCCAACUCCGUUUCGUCGGUAGGCUGUACCAUCGACACCGCCGACUUGAUCCGCCGCCUCGAGGCUACCUACGCAGCGGAAGUGAACGCUGCCAUCCCCCUUCCUCCUGCCGAUCUCGCCAGGGCCACGCCUGUGGCUGUGUCCGUCGCGUCGCCUCCUGUUGUGGUCGCUGGGUCGUCCGGAUCAGCCCCCAGCUCUGGCACCGUGCCUUCGACGAGUGUUUCAGCUCAGCGGCCGUCUUCCUCUUGGAGCCAGGCCUUCAGACUCUCGGCGCCCUUCUUCGAGCUGCGCAGGGCUCCCGGCGACCUCCACGUCGAGUUCUUCGCCACGGCGUCGAAGUCAGCGGGCUUCUACAAGGGCUGA